AUGGAGGCACGAACAGGGGAGCAAGAAGGGAGGAAGAGAAGAAGAGAGUGUGGAGGCUGGGCUGGGCUAGGCUUCGCCGGGGAUUUCGACGGCGAUGGUGGAGGUGGUUUAGCGGCUGCGGAGCAGUUAAGGGGAUGGGGGGUGGUGAUUUGCGAAACAGGGGAAACAGGGGAGGGGAAGAGUGGUGCUGGUGGUGUGGUGGUUGUGGUGGUGGCGGGGGGCGAAAGAGGAGAAAGAAAGAAGGAGGCAGGGGACGCGAGAGGAGGAGAGAGCAGGGGAGGGAGUUGUGGUGGGGUGGUGGUGUUCGGUGGUUCUGGGUGGUCGGGAGAUGCGGGGUGGUGGAGUGGUGGUGAGGAUGGUGGUGCACGGUGGUUGAGAUGGUUGUUGUUGGUGGUUGGUUGGAUUGAAUCACAGAAAAACAAGGAUUGUGAUUAA